AGGGUUUCACCAACAACUUUUAGAAACACUUCUAAAAGAGGCUUUUUUGUCGCCUGUUAAAGUUUCACUAGCGAUAGAGCACUGGUUUAGAAGUUCUGCGGUGAUUUUUUUCCCCGAUAAAAUCUAAAGAAUAUGCCGGAAACCGAGCCGAAAAUCGAGGAGGUGGACUCCGAUUCCUCCAGUGACGCCCCGAACUUGGAGGAAAGCAAGGUACACAGCGCUCGUGUUCUAAAUCGAAAUCUAAAUAUGCUGGUAUGUAGUGAUAUUUUCACACAGUAUCGCAUGAUAACUACGCAGCCUUUGGGCGUGGUCGGACGUUGAAAUGGUGAUCCAGGCCAAAAGGCAGCUUUCUAAAUUACAUUUUGCCUAGUCACGAUUUUCUAAAUUUUCUAAACUACAGGAUGGAACCAAGCAGAACCGGGCUGAGAAGAAGUGCCGAAAAGCCGUCUCCAAGCUCGGGCUCCGACCCUUUGGCGGCAUUGUCCGAGUUACGGUACUAAUUUCAGACUAAAAGCAUUUUUGCGCAUAUUGAAGCGCUGUGCACACCUUCGACCAAUGCGCAUGCGCUGGCGAAAGGACGCGUAAGGGCGCCGCGUCAUCUGCAUGUACAUGAAUUCUAAAUUUUCUCACCACCUCGUUGCGUAAAGGCAAAGAUCCAGUUUUACGUCUCAAAUUUUUCGCUCCUUACAGGUAAAGAAGACAAAGAACAUUCUGUUCGUGAUCUCAAAGCCGGAAGUCAUGAAGGCCCCGUCUUCCGAAACCUACGUCAUUUUCGGGGAAGCCAAGAUCGAGGAUGUCGCAGCCAGCGCUGCCGCACAGGUACUUGCUGUUUAGUUUUCAUCGUCAAAGUCAUCGUGAGAGAGGACUAACCAUGCGUGAUUCCGUGGUGGUUCAGUUGGUUUGGUUUCAAUCCGUUGAAUGUCACAGGCACGAAUAACAAAAACGACAUGGCAUGCUCGACGAUCUUGCUGAUCUUGAUUCAUUCAGAAAGAAAUCUCUAAAUAAGGCUCACCGUCAGAUGCAGCAGUCAAUGCAGAUGCAGGCUUUGAAGCAGCAGAUGGAGGCAGCAAAGGGCGGAGCGUCCGUCGCGGAUGCUGACACCAAGGAGGAACCGAAGAUUGAGGAAGUGGUGGAGGACGACAGCUCCGGCACCAAGGUAGAGGAGAAGGACAUCGAGCUCAUCAUGACCCAGGUACAUGAUUUAGAUUUGGACAGAUUUAGAAGCUUUAGACAGACUUAGAACCUCACGGCUUAUUGAUUUUGAGAGAUGUUCGUUGUUGCCGUGGCGUAAAUUUAGAUCCACCAUAAUCCUAUUUUUGGACACAAACACUAUAUGGAAAGUGGUUGUGCUGCGGGACGUCGCUCAUUUGUCAGAUACCAUACUUAGCUCCAUAUCACAGCACUCCGAUCAUGUUAGACACAAGCGAAAAUCGGUCAGUCUAUCACAUCGUGUAUCACUUUUCUGAAUCGCCUUUGUGGUCCGAAACUUCCACAUUUUUAGACGUCGCGACUCCCUUCCUAAUCUAAAACAGGUGAGCACAACGCGCGAGAAGGCAAUUAAGGCACUGAAAGAGCACAAGAACGACAUUGUGGAGGCCAUCAUGUCUUUCAACUAAAUCCUUCAACACGACAUUUCUGAUGCGACCAGAACCUCGUCCCGGGCAAUCAGUGUUCUGAAGCGGGUUUCCGCACUAGGUUAAAAGUUGUGCCGCGGAACGACCAGCAAACCCUACAUCCCCGCGUGGGCCCUUACGUCUUCUCCACGCCUUGGCUCUGCGAGAUUGCUGAAAGAAGCUGAAUCGAGCUACCCGGGUAACACGUAGAUGCCAGGCUUGUCUCACACCCCAGUGUAGCUGAGCGCGUGGAAAAGAUAGCACGACUGGAGAUCUGGUACACGAUGCUCAGGCGAGGACAUCUCGUUUCAUCAGAUAAUCCCGUCUGCCUUUUCCUCCUGGAAGCACGGGAUUUAGUUUACAACACCAAACGUUCUAACAUGCGAUUUGAUAACACUCGUCAAACUUUUUACCAUUAUUGCGAAUUAUUUCAGAACCCCGUUUUUUUUUCUGUAGACUUUUUUUCAUGUACGACCGCGACACCGGUCGUACAGCUGUAUCUUUUACUGUGAAUAUCGCUGCGAUUGAUUGUGCGCUGGAGAUGUAAAUUUUUGAAUACUUCGCUUUCAAAAAGGAGAUCGGUAUCCUCGCACCGAGGGUGGCCACGGCGCUCUCACGCUUAAAUGACACAUCGCUUUUGCCGCAUCAGGGGCUUCUCCAGUCUCUUGGGUGGUCGAAGUUAGAGCCCUCGUCCUUGUCAUUUUUUGAAAGCACUAUUCAGAAACAAGUAGCGUGUUUGCGGAGUCGCGGCGAGGAGCUUUUUAAAUCAAUGGCCACGGAGCGGCAAAAACAAUAAGAUCAGCAAGCGCAUCAACCUCGCAAUGCCAAUGGACCGAGCAAGCGACGUCGUGGCACCAUGCGCAGGAGCGACGUUGCCGGGGUUGCAUUAGUGUUCUCCCAUAGUAUUUUGUCCGUGCGUAUUCGGUUCGAGUAUUCUAGACUGUGCUUCUAGCUUAUUGUAUCGACGUAUUGAUUUUUUUACAGUGCGCGUAAAAAAUUGCUCUUGGUUCUCUUUGACUACACACGAACGAG